AUGGCCUCCAGCUCGGGCAGCUCCAGCGGCGAGCACGGCGAGCUGCCGGGGCGCUACCCCCGCGUGGUUCAGUGCUCCGCGCGGGCCACCGCCCCGCAGGCGCCCAGGCCGUCCGCCCUGCCCAGGCGCGCCAACCCCAACCUUCUGGCCGUGCGGGCGGUGCUCGGCAAGGCGCCGGCCGCGGAAACCACGUCCGACAGCUCCACCAGCAGCGAUGACUCACCGACCUCGCAGGGCGGGCCCCGGAGGGUGGCCGCCUGCAAGGAGAGCACCGAGCCGCGGCAGGCGCCGCAGGCCGCCCCGGAGAAGUUCUGGCCGCGGUCGGGAUUGAGGCACGGCGCGAUGCGCGGGGGGUCGCCGCUGCACGUCGCCGCCGUGACGAGGCUGUUCAGGAGGGAAUUCGGGUCGAAGGCGCCCAAGACCCUGAGCUGGGGCGGUGAAAACCAAACUUCGCAGCGGCGUGGGCGCGCCCCGCCCUCUGAAGCAUCAGAGGAUUACGCGACGUGGUCAGCACAAGGAGGGGACGCCGGAAGUGCAGAGAGGGCCUUGCUGGCGACCUUCAAUGAAGCCUCAUCGAAGGUGCCUGUUCACGGGGAGGACGUUGGUCUGGAGUAG